GAUCCGGUACAAAAGCCAUUCCUCGAAUCGGUAGCCAAUCGUCGUGCCUGGUUGACAUGCUUGGAAUUCUCCCAUACGCACACACUAGGCGUGUCCAGUUUGGACGAUUAUGAUCAGCAAUACGCGCAACCCGGAUCCACGGUGGACGAAGACGAAGAUCAGCUCUGGUCUCGUGUGCAUCAUCGCCUUGUCCCUUCUCCUCGUCUGACCAAUCUUAUUCGAGGUCAGGCAACCGAUGUGUUGGCUUUGUGCAAACCGGGCGAACAGUUGGGCAUCCCGCACACCCUAAGACCGCAUAUCUGGCCUCGACUGACCGGGUCCCGGCAAAAAGCACGCGAGGCACGAAAUCGAGAUCCCCCCGUUACGUACACGGAACUGGUCCAGUUGAGUUCAUCUCAAACAAUGCUUUCCGGAUUGCAGAUUGAGAAGGUUUGA